UACUCGCAACGUGUGCCGGGCGAGAACUGUGGUGACGAACAAGCGCCACCCGGCGAAAACUCCAAUUUCUGGAUGAACCCAGCCGCUGAUGUACUGCAUCGAUGUGGCUCCUAGCGCAGCCUCAGAUCGACAUCGCGACGCACAAAACCUAGGUGGCUUUGGAGUCGACUCAAAAGUGAGGCUAGGGCGAGUGCCGGCAUGGACCUGCCGGCAUUGACGUGGUGAAGGGGGGGCCCACACUCGAGUGACGCACGGGAGGGUCGCACCUCUGUGGCGUGCCUCUGUGGCUGUUGUAGCGGCCUCUGUGCAGCACGCGCAUCCUCGCCUCUGUGCAGCACGCGCAUCCUCGCCUCUGUGCAGCGGGCGGCGCCAUGAAGCGGUCGGAGGCGCGGCGGGUGGACGUGGCGUACAACGUGGAGGAGGAGGAGGAGGAGGUGGCGGCGGAGGACGCCAUGAGAGAGCAGGAGGCGUGGGAGCGGUCUUAUGCCAACGACCGGUCGUGGGAGGCAGUGCAGGAGGACGAGAGUGGGCGGCUGCGCGCAGUGGACGUGGCGGGGCAGCAGCGCGGCGAGAGAGAGAGGCGGCGGCGGCAGCAGGCGGGGCAGGCGGGGCGCGUGGGGGCGGAGCGGGUGCGGCGCGGCAUCAUCCGCUACCUCGUGCUCGCCCUCGACCUCUCGCGGGCAGCGAGUGAGUUGGACAUGAAGCCGUCGCGCAUGGCAGCCAUGGCGCGCAGCGCGGAGGCGUUCAUCCUCGACUUCUUCGACAGCAACCCGCUCAGCCACCUUGCGCUGCUGCUGCUGAGGGACGGCGUGGCUCUGCAGGUGUCGGACCUCACCUCGCCGCCCGACUCGCACAUCAAGGCGCUCCAGUCCAACCUCACUGCCUCGGGGCCUGCCUCCCUGCAGAACGCCCUGGAUGCAGCAGUGGAUGCGGUGGCCCACGUGCCCGCCUACGGCCACAAGGAGCUGGUGCUGCUGUUCGCCGCGCUCUCCUCCACUGACCCCGCCGACAUCCUGCCCGCCAUCGCCCGCGCCAAGGCCGGCCACCUGCGCUGCUCCAUCAUCGGGGUGGGCGGCGCCGAGGUGCACAUCUGCCGCCAGAUCGCCGAGCAGACGGGCGGGCGGUACAGCGUGGCCCUGGACGAGGGCCAUCUGAGGGAGCUGCUGCUUAGCCAUGCCCCGCCACCCCCAGUGCGGCCCGAUAGCGCGGCCAGCCUGGCGAGUCUGGUGCGCAUGGGCUUCCCCCAGCGCGCACCCGAGGGGGCGCCUGUGCUGUGUGCGUGCCACAUGCAGCUCAAGCUGGGUGCCACCUACGUGUGCCCCAGGUGCCGCUCCCGCGUGUGCGCGCUGCCAGCAGAGUGCCCCGUCUGUGCGCUCACACUGGUCUCCUCGCCCCACCUUGCCCGCUCCUACCAUCACCUCUUCCCCGUCCCACCCUUCUCCGAAGUGCCUCUUCCCCCCGCCCCCAAGCGACCGACCGCGGCCCCAGCCCCUGCCCCCAUGCACAGCGACCUGCCGCCCACGUGCUUCAGCUGCACCACUGCGCUGCCCACCCUUGAGGCGGAGGGCGGGGGAGUGCGCGUGGAGUGCCCGGUGUGCCGGCGGCACUUCUGCUUCGACUGCGACGUGUUCAUCCAUGAGAGCCUGCACAACUGCCCCGGCUGCGAGGCCUCCAUGCUACCGCCUCUCGCUUAGGGAGGGAGUGGAUCCCUGGGCAGUGCAGGGAGGCGCUGUGGGAGCGCCUGCAGAGCUGACCUGGCUGCGAGGCCACCACGCUGCCACAGCAGUUGUGAGGGAAACCCAGGCAUGUGUGCUGACAGCUUAGUGCAUAGGCACCUACCUGUCAGAAACCCAGUCACUAACCACUGGGUUAAAAGGGCUUAUUGAAUAGCGGGUAAGUGCGCCCAUAGCCCCCCAGGCUCUGCACCUGUGGCCCUUCCCCGAGGAUCUCAAGGGCAACCCCAGCGGGUCACUCAACACCCCCCCCCCCGCUGGGAUAGGUGGAAGACACGAGCGCCUCUGCAGCGCUGGCACUGGGAGAUGAACCCAAGACCUUUGGCUCUGAUACCAUGUCAGAAACCCAGUCACUAACCACUGGGUUAAAAGGGCUUAUUGAAUAGCGGGUAAGUGCGCCCAUAGCCCCCCAGGCUCUGCACCUGUGGCCCUUCCCCGAGGAUCUCAAGGGCAACCCCAGCGGGUCACUCAACACUACCCACCUUUGAGCACGCAUUGGUGAGAUGGGAUGGGAAGGCAUUGUGCCUCUCGAUCUACAUAGAGUUGAAUUCUACAUGGCGUAGGGUAAACACGUUUGUACAUUGGCCCUUGACUAGUACAAUCCAGCCACGCUCUACUUGAGGCCUUGGAUUUGUUUAAUCUUCCUGUGCUGGUUUUGUAAAGUAAGUUUACUAAAUUCGCCAAUCAAAG